UCCUUUGCGCAUGCGCACAUGGGGCAACACACGGGCUGCUAAACUGGUCAAACAGCGGGUGUAAAAAUGCAUAAGCUGAAGUCUUCGCAGAGGGACAAGGUACGGCAGUUCAUGUCCUUCACACAGGCUGGGGAGAAGACAGCUGUUUACUGCCUCACACAAAAUGACUGGAAACUAGAAGUUGCGACGGACAACUAUUUUCAGAACCCAGAGCUUUACUGUAAGGAAUCCAUGAAAACCUCGGUGGACCGGAAAAAGCUGGAACAGCUUUACAACCGUUACAAAGAUCCACAGGAUGAAAAUAAGAUAGGCAUCGAUGGGAUCCAGCAGUUUUGUGACGACCUUUCAUUGGAUCCAGCCAGCAUCACCGUGCUGGUUGUUGCAUGGAAGUUUCACGCAGCCACUCAGUGCGAGUUCUCCAAGAAGGAGUUUAUGGAUGGAAUGACAGAGCUGGGGUGCGACAGCCCAGAAAAACUGAAAGCCCUUUUGCCAAGAUUAGAGCAGGAGUUAAAAGACAGUGGGAAGUUCAAAGACUUCUACCAGUUCACUUUUAACUUUGCCAAAAAUCCCGGACAGAAAGGUCUCGAUUUGGAGAUGGCUGUAGCCUACUGGAACUUGGUUCUGUCAGGAAGAUUUAAGUUCCUCGAUCUAUGGAAUAGAUUUCUUUUGGAGCAUCAUAAACGAUCCAUCCCAAAGGACACGUGGAACUUAUUGUUGGACUUUGGUAACAUGAUUGCAGAUGACAUGUCUAACUAUGACGAAGAAGGUGCAUGGCCGGUCCUUAUAGACGAUUUUGUGGAAUUCGCUCGACCAAUUGUUACAGGAUCCAAACGUAAAACUCUCUAAACCCAAUCCCGACUCUGGAAAACCAGAACAUUGUUUCUUUUACAGCGACAUCAUAGUUUUUUUUUAAGACUUGUACAAAAAAAAAAAAAAAAAGGGUGGGAAAAAAAACCCUUUAGACUUCAGAGAGAAAACAGAAGCACUUGAAACCGUCUUUCAGGGAGCUGAGUUGAGAACAACUGGCCACAUUUUCCGUCUCCUUGAGACGGAGGCCUCGUACGGACAUUGCCAGUUUCUCAGCGUCCUGGAGGGCCCUCCGCUCUGCUCGAGGAGGGGCGCUACAGCCUCGCCAGCGGGCCAACGAGGACGCAUCGCCGAGACAGGAUUCACCCGCUGUGCGUCCUUUAAAUGGACAGGACAGAAAAGAGCUGUGUGUUUUAAGAUUCUUCCAAGUCAUCUUUGUUUGGGUAUAUGAAGCUCUGCGUGACUGUGCAUCCCAUGACUCCAGCUUUGGACAGAGUGCUCGCUACACCAGCACCAACAGAACCGUUGCAGUUUUUAACUGUACAUACUGUAUCUAAUGGGACAGAUAACAAAGAGAGCUAUAAGAAGAAUAAUAUAAUUACAUUCAGUUUAUAGAUGCAAAAGAUGAUUGUUUAAUGUACAGUAAAUGCUCAGAUCUCUGAACAGGGAUGCCUCCAUAUCGUGGAUGAUGAUAAUGCUGUUGGUUUAAUUGUUCGGUGGAUGUCCAGUCAAGGAAUUGUGAGCUCAUUGAAAGCAUGUUCUAAAAAUCAUUUUACGUCACCUCGCCUGGUUUCAGAAAUAAAGUUUCACUAAAGUAAA